AUGAAGGUCCUGUCCCUGGGGCUGCCACGGACGGGCUCGACGUCUAUGGCCGAGGCGCUCACAAUCUUGGGCUACAAGGACGUCCAUCACACCUCAAAGUACAUCAACCGCCUCAACGAUUGGGUCCUGCUCUCAGCCGCGGCCGACGCCACGUUCCCCUGCCUGCCCACCUACACUGGCCAGCCGUGGACGCGCGAGGACUGGGACCAGCUCUACGGGAGCCACGAGGCCUGCACCGACGCCGCGAGCAUGUUUGGCCCGGAGCUGAUAGCGGCCUAUCCGGACGCCAAGGUCAUCUUGGUGCACAGAGACUUUGACAAGUGGCACAAGAGCGUCUUUGGGAGUCUGGUGCCAACCGUGUGGGGACCCAUGUCCAACUUUUCCCUCAAAUACAUUGAGCCGCUCGUCGGGUUCCACGGCGGCACUGCGACGCGCAAACUCUUACUGGGUCUGUUCGACAGCAGCACGCCGGAGGAGGCAGAGCAGAGGUCACGCGAGGCGUAUGAUCGGCACGCGAGGAGGAUACGCGAGGCGGUGCCCAAAGAAAUGAUGCUGGAGUACAGGAUGGGGCAGAGCUGGGGGCCGCUGUGCGAGUUCCUCGGGAAAGACGUGCCUGAUCAAGACUUUCCGUGGUUGAACGAGGCGGCCAUGCUGGGGAAGAUCGCAAUGGACAUUACCAUUUCGAACGCGACCAAGGCUUUGAUGAUUCUACUGCCGUGGAUGGUCGCUGCGGGCGCUGUUGCUGCUGGAACGUGGUACUGGCUGAGGUGA